AUGUAUACCGACACGAAGAGCUCCUAUGAUUUCGUCAAGGAACCCGUGCAGAGUGCAGAGGACCCGGAGCUGAUGUCCUUGCAUCGGAAGCUGCGCAUCCAGAAGGAUAGAUUGGUGUCGUGGGGUUUGGAAUGGUCGGAUCCUUCGCAGUCACCUGACAUCGACGAGUCCAUCAACAAGGCCGGCUUGAGUGAGUUGGUGGGAAGCGUCAUGUCGACCAUCAAGGAGAUCCUGGCCGAGGCCGAACCGCUAUGGCAGUCGUCGAAAAGAACGCCGGAUGAGAAGGCCCCGCUGCCCGAAAAAUCAAUUACUUGGGACAAGUCGAGAUUCCAGGAUUUGGUCCGCGACUUGACGAUGUCCAUCGAUACGUUGUAUGACCUUUCACGGACCAGGCAGUCUGCACGGAAGGCAUCCCCUACCAAAGCCUCGGAAUCGUCUGCCUCCUUGCAGACCAAGUCCCAUGCCGUUGAGGAGAGGCAGUUCGAGUCCACCCGGAUGCAAACUCCACAACAAAUUGAUCCCACCACUCUAAUUUGGCCCCGGAAUAUCAAAGGGAUUCAAUCGAGCAUGCUGCCGCCAGCUAAUUAUUCCAGGCAGAUAGUCUUUAUGCGUCGGCCGACGUCUCUCCCUGAUUCUCGGAAAUAUGGCCAGCAGACGCCCAUCGUCCCGGUCCUUUUGGAGCAUGCCCCUUAUGACCCCAUCUAUUCGAUUACCGGCAUUACUCCAUCCAUGACGCGGUUUGAGAAGCUCUUUGCUGCCCUUUCCCAAUCCUACAUUUCCUCCGGGAGGAUCCUCUCUGGCCUGUUGCACUUGAUUGGUUAUUUUGAAGAGCCGGACCAUUCCAGAUUCUGCCUUCUAUUCGCUUUACCUACCCACUUUGGACCCGUGGAUAUAGAGAGUCCUAGGAUGCCUUCGACCUCUAGCCUGUCGGAUAUGCUGUUCAGUCCUUAUGAGCCCUCUCUUGAGGUCAAAUACCGACUCGCUUACAAUGUUGCCAGUGCCGUCUUCGACUUACACUCGAAAGGGGUUGUGCAUGGCAACAUUACAUCGUCUAAUAUAUUGUUCAUCGAACAUCAAUCCCAAUCGAUCAACCGAAAGGACUUUAGCCAAGUCAACAUGCGCCAAUCAUUCCUCGCUUCAUAUGACCUCUUCUCUGAUAACGCUACAGACAGUUCCGAGGGUGCGUCGGAGUCAACGACUUCGCUUUACAGACAUCCAUUGGACCCGCGGAUCACUCGGUACACACAUCUUACAUCGGAAAGCAAGUCACUCGACCUGUACAGCCUUGCUAUGCUUCUUUUAGAAAUUGGUCUUUGGAGUUCACUCUCGGAUGUUUUCCCCAUGAGCAGUGCUGUUCCUGAAAACCCCACCAACGUCUUCAAGCAGCUUGCUUCAAGGUGCGGCAGCUUAUAUCUCAAGGCUGUUCAAGCCUGCUGGCAAGCUCCUACAGAUGAGCUGUCCCAGCGGACAAGAGCUGAUGUCAUGCAUCAAAAAGUGUUUUGGAAGGUAUCCAAGGCACUCGAUACUUGCUGUGCCAUCGAUGAGAGCUCAGACGAGGACAAUGAUGGGGGUGAUGAUUCUCCACCGAUGCCUUCGACGCCUUCAAAAGCAUCGCGUCCUGCCACACCCGCUCGAAGAGUCCUACGGGAGUCGAAGAGCCAGGCAGUUGCAGCAGGGCCAACUACACCCACCCGUCCAAGCUGGUCCGAGAAACCCUCAUAUCCAUCUCUUCCAGAGAAGACAGGCUGGUCUGAAAAGCCGGUUGCUAAGACCACUGCUCCACCCCUACAAAAACCAACAAAGACCAAACUUCGCACAUACCCCGCUAUCAGAAUAAGCCCAGAACAUCUCGAUUUCUGGCACACGGGGCUUAUGCCACACAUCAACCAUGUACUUCGAGGCUUCUAUAGGAAGUACCCUGAAUCCGUGGAGAUAAGCUUGGAGAGCAUCGGGGAAUCGUCAUCAACGACCAAACCUACCAUUCUGGUCAUUUGCACGAGCGUCAACAAGGUCCGCAGUAUAUUGAAGAAGCACCUAGUGUACGAUAAAGACACAUUCGGGCUUAAAGUUUGCAGAGGGAAGGUCAUACGAUCCCGGAAACCCGGUGUCAAGCGGUCGAUGGCGAAGGAGUUGGGCGAGGAUGUCAAGCCAGAAAAUGCGGAACACCAAGAUAAGCCAUCGAAUGGAGCUUCCAUCGGCGCCUACGUGGGCGAGCGCCACCUGCCACCAGUUUCAUUCGGCGGCCUCAUCAUGGUCGAUGAUAAGCCUUAUGGGAUGACGGUCCACCAUAUGCUGGAUGCGCCCGAAGAGGAAGAGGACGAGGAACUCGAUGCCGAAGUGCCAGUUCUCCGCUCCAGCGCACAUUCUAUUGAAAUGCCUGAGCUGACGCAUUCUGACUCCUCGAUCUACAGCAGUAGCGAUGAAGAGUUUAUGUACUCGCUCUCCGAUUAUGACUCGGAUUUUUCCGACGAACAAUCUGAAUCCGAGUUCGAUGACGAUGACUAUCAGGAUGAGUCUGAUGAAGAAGCUGAGCCAGGGGAUAUCAAAGGAAUCCCACCAGGCUGCGGUGAAGAAUACCUGAUCACUCAGCCAGCAAUUGAUGAUGUAGAUGAAGACUUUUAUCCCAGCGAAGAAACUCGCGAUGAAGAUCACUUGGAUAGUUUCGGUCUCGGUGAGGUCUACGCCUCAUCCGGCAUCCGACGACGCACUGAAGACGGCAUUGUGCAUGAGAUCGACUGGGCACUCUUCGAGUUCAAUUCCGACCGCUGCCCUGAUAGUAACCGUAUCCUAAGCGGCGAGCGCUUUUGCCGUCGAAAGGAGGGUGAAUACCCCGUCGCAGUAGCGCCGACCAAAGAUCUAGCUGAUCUAGAAGUCCACUGCAUGGCCCGCACAUCCGGUCUCCAAAGCGGUCGUAUCCUACCUGCUAUGGUUAUCGUGAAGAUCUACGGCCGCCAAACACCAUCCAGCAGCUACCAAGCCGCAGGUAAACUUGGCGUGCCAGGCGACUCUGGUGCAUGGCUGGUGGAGAAUGAACAGGGACGAGCGUGCGGACAUGUCCUCGCAUGGAGCUCGAAGAAGAAAGUCGCGUAUAUUUGCCCGAUGGAUACUCUCCUUCGUGAUAUUAAGGAGACGCUGGGUGCGAGGAGUAUUUGUCUGCCUGGUGGUGAGGAUGUAUUUACCCCCACGGAAACCUCGGAGACAUUACCAGCGCCACAGCAGAACGACGAGAGUGCAACAGAGCCAGAAAUCCUCCUCCCGGACGAGGACGAAAUUUCCAUGCUUCUAGGGGGUUUCAAAUUACCCCCGUCGCUAGGACAAGUCGGCGAUGGUCGUGAAUACAUCCUUGACACUGAACAAAGCAACAACGCGGAACAGGAGUCGGAUAUGAGGAAUUUCAUUCCGAUUAGAUUGGCUACUAAGCAGCCUGAGGUGAAAUUGGCUGAGAUUGUUAUGGGCGGGAUGAGACAGCAUGAUGACUAG